CAACCGAAUUGAAAAGUCGAAAAAUGAUCAGAUUGACGGCAAUUGUAGCUAUUCUAGCCUUGGGCUGUGCUGUGGCCCAAGGAGCGGAUGAACCCAAGUGCGGAGUUUGUCAGAGCGCAAACGAUGCCCUCUGCGUUACGGAGACCUCAUAUUACAAUUGCUUUGAUGGUAACAAAUACGGAAAUGAGAUUCAAUGCGAUGCGGACUACGUUUGCACCAAUGCAGAUUCAAUAUGCGUGAAGGAAACUGAUCUCGUUGAGCUUACUGACAUAGUAAAUGUGUGUGGCAGCGGCUCCAGCGGCUGCGGGGUUUGCUCUGAUAAUCAAAAGUACACCUGUGUUAGCAAGAAUCAAGCUGGACGCUGUAUUAAUGGCGAAAUAUCCGCCGUAGUUGAUUGCAAAGAGGAUGAGAUAUGUGUGUCUGACAUUGGAAUAACAGACGUUUCCGUCUGUGUGCCACAGUGUGCGGCGGACUAUAUGAAAAUAUCGUCCACCUGCAGUGAGGAUGUUGGAUACACGACAACAACUGCGGCGCCAGCAACAACGAUCAGUCCUGCUGACCGAGUAGCCAUCUGCACGCGGGAAUCAAUUGGAGUUACCACAUUAUUUUUCUAUGCUUAUGCGGAUACGACAUGCAAGUCCGCAGUAUACUGCCAGAGGAACAGUCUUACCAGCGAUACUUGGGUAACCUUGCCAAGAACGUGCCCAUCCUCCACGCCGUAUUUCGACACUCUCAUAAGAAAUUGCGUGGCCACUAAGCCAGCUAGUUGUCCUAUCGCUUCAACUGUUCCACCCGUGACUACUGCUAUACCUGACACAACAACAGACACUACGGCUGUUCCAACUGACACUACGGCUGUUCCAACUGACACUACGGCUGUUCCAACUGACACUACGGCUGGUGAAACCGACACAACGGCUGUUCCAACUGACACUACGGCUGGUGAAACCGGCACAACGGCUGUUCCAACUGACACUACGGCUGUUCCAACUGACACUACUGCUGUUCCAACUGACACUACGGCUGGUGAAACCGGCACAACGGAGGUUCCAACUGACACUACGGCUGGUGAAACCGGCACAACCGAUGCUCCAACUGACACUACGGCUGGUGAAACCGGCACAACGGCUGUUCCAACUGACACAACGGCUGUUCCAACUGACACUACGGCUGUUCCAACUGACACUACGGCUGUUCCAACUGACACUACGGCUGGUGAAACCGGCACAACGGCUGUUCCAACUGACACUACGGCUGUUCCAACUGACACUACGGCUGUUCCAACUGACACUACGGCUGGUGAAACCGGCACAACGGAUGUUCCAACUGACACUACGGCUGGUGCAACCGGCACAACGGAUGUUCCAACUGACACUACGGCUGGUGAAACCGACACAACGGCUGUUCCAACUGACACAACGGCUGUUCCAACUGACACUACGGCUUUUCCAACUGACACUACGGCUGUUCCAACUGACACUACGGCUGUUCCAACUGACACUACGGCUGGUGAAACCGACACAACGGCUGUUCCAACUGACACUACGGCUGGUGAAACCGGCACAACGGCUGUUCCAACUGACACUACGGCUGUUCCAACUGACACUACUGCUGUUCCAACUGACACUACGGCUGGUGAAACCGGCACAACGGAGGUUCCAACUGACACUACGGCUGGUGAAACCGGCACAACCGAUGCUCCAACUGACACUACGGCUGGUGAAACCGGCACAACGGCUGUUCCAACUGACACAACGGCUGUUCCAACUGACACUACGGCUGUUCCAACUGACACUACGGCUGUUCCAACUGACACUACGGCUGGUGAAACCGGCACAACGGCUGUUCCAACUGACACUACGGCUGUUCCAACUGACACUACGGCUGUUCCAACUGACACUACGGCUGGUGAAACCGGCACAACGGAUGUUCCAACUGACACUACGGCUGGUGCAACCGGCACAACGGAUGUUCCAACUGACACUACGGCUGUUCCAACUGACAGUACGGCUGGUGAAACCGUCACUACGGCUGAUUCAACUGACACUACGGCUGGUGAAACCGGCACUACGCCUGAUUCAACUGGCUAGACCAACACUACGACCUAGUUAUUUAACUUGCAGUUAAAGAAAGUUUUUAACAUUUCUUAUAGCUAAAAUCAUUCACAUUUUAUUCGAUUUUUGUAACAAUAAUAAAUACUGCACAAAAUAUUCUGAUUAAAAUUUAAAUCUCUUACA